AUGGGCCGACUUUUCAAGUUCCUCUCUGAGGCUGAAAAGGUGGUAAAACAGGUUGAACAACAACAACAACAGGCACAGCAACCCGCAGGAUACUAUCCACCGCAAGGCCGAAAUACUCCGGAAUAUCCAACUCCUCAACAGAGCUAUCAGGGAUACCCUCCGCCUCCAACCCGCCCACGACCAGUGGAACUGGAAGGUUCACAUCCAACAGUCUCGCAUUCCCAACCAUUGCAAUAUCAACAGCAGCAACAAAACCUUGAUCAAGUCCAGCACCCUGCUGCAGAAUCACCUUCGAGUACGAGCGUUCCAAUGGAUAGACAAACUGAGAAUCGCCCCAACCCGGGUGCCUCGGGCAGGGCAGCCAACAUCGCUAUGCCGUUAGGAAUACAACCUGUGACAGAAUGCAUCGACAUGCCCUUCACACUACCACUUCACUGGUUCAUCUACACUGCCUACAACGACUUCACGAUUUGCAGCCGCUGCUACAGCAACUAUAUUCUCAACUCCUCUUUCCGAGAGUCUUUCAUGCCAGUUCUUGAUAACAUGCUAACCUUCAUGGCCACGCGACCUAAGCUAGGUCACUGUGCGGAGGAUAAGUCAAUCGAGGGCAAAGAAUGGUACUAUCCACCUGAUCGACCAGAGAUGGCAAUCUGCAAACCUUGUUACGAGGACCAUAUCAAGCAUCUCUCGUUUGGCAACCGAUUCAGCUUACAUACGCCCCAAGGUCCUGCCACUUGCGACCAUAAUCUCUGGUACGUACGCCGCAUGCUCAAGGCUCAUGCGAUGCACAACAACUGGGCGGCUUUCGUUGCGGCAUUCUGGAAGAGGAUGCAGCUACCCGCGUGUCCUAGAGCCCAGGCCAUCUCUACACCAGACAGGACGUGGUUCUGGUCCUCUCGCGUCUCCCCUGGCUUCUUGAUCUGUGAGGCAUGCUAUUGGGACUACUUCCACGAGUCACCGGAGAGUGUGUCAUUCCAAGCCACUCGCAUGGAUCCUGCACAACAAACGACAUGCUCCAUGAGUCAGAUUAAUAUUCUCAUCCCCAUGACUCGCGCAGUUAGUUAUGGUCAGUAUUCCAUGUUCUGGCAUACACUGCAAGCUGUUUCACAGCAACAGCCAUGCAAUACUCAAGGCGCAAGAGGUAUCACGUGGUUCACUUUACCAAGUGAUCCUCCUGAGUUCGACAUUUGCGGAGCAUGCAUGGCAGGAACAAUCGCGAGUAUGCGCAUGACUCAUCUUUUCAAACCUAAACACUUUGUCGGGGCCAGUGAAGCUCGUCUGUGUUCGUUCAAUAUCUAUGGUUACGCGCGAGCGUUUGUUCUGUUGCAAACCUUUGCCCAAUCAGCUUACAUCAACGACUGGCGACCACUCGCCAACAUGGUAACGGACCUCAGUACAGCACCACUUUGUCCCAAGAUAGAUCAAGACCUCACCAAGAACCGACGCUGGUGGGGAUGGGAAGCCGUUCACAUCUGUCAAGAAUGCUACAUUCUCGUGGCCAAGAACACCAAUCUGAAGAAACACUUCGUCAUGAAAGGUCAUCACGUUGCAGAAUCCCGAGUUUGUGAUCUCUAUUCACCGCGCAUGCGUCAACUAUACAAAGAAGCCUGUCAAAACCAAGACCUGGCCUCUUUUCUCUCUUUCACACGACGGCGUCGCGAAAUAUAUGUGCAGACCGUCCCCGAGAUGAACAGAAUGCUAGCAGCAGCCAAGCACGCUCUUGGUCAAGCACAAACUCUGGGUCUAGCGGCCGUGACGUUCAGCGCAGCAGGAAACUUGAACUCGACAAACUUUAACUACGUUGGUUAUGGAUAUGGGAACGCGCAGUUGGCGCAGGCGGCGAUGGCCGAUCGUCAAAUCCAGCAGGUUGGGGCAGCAGCGGCGGGACCUGCAGCUAUUGCAAGAGUUGGUGUUUUGGAGAAGAUGUGGAAGCAGGUUGAAUGAGUCCUGGUUUAAUUUAUGAAGGUUGGCCACAGGUUCUUCACUACUGUUAUGCUUGAUUAGACACCUUCAAAAUCAUAGCCGGCCUUUCAUCGAUCGUAGCAGUGAGUUAGAUAAGGCCAAGUGUAGUAUCCCAGGAUGUAUAGAAAUCUCUCAUUCAGCGAAUAAGAGAUUGAAACACCAGGGGAAAUGUCGGCGAUCAGUCAGGCCAGACAAGUUCGAGUUGCCUUGUAGUGUUCGAUCUAGGCCCCGAAGGUUCUCAAAAGUGUCAAUUCGAGGGUGGUAGAGACAAUUAGAAUUAUAGAUACCGGAAGCGAUUGACAUGGAACCUAUGCAAUCUAAUAGCAAGACACCCCGCCUCAAACCCAAAGUCAAUAGCUUACGCAAACAUCUGGCUUCAUCUUUGACCGUCCA